GAGUCUCUGGAUAUCUGACAGGCGACCGGCGGCUCCUCAUCUCUCUUUUUUGUUUCACUACAUUGUAUAUUCCGUUUUAUUGACAUCCUUUUUUUCUCUUUUUAUUUAUAUAUAAAUUAUUCAUUACAAAGUGAGCGUGUGUGUGUGUGAGAGAGAGAGGGGGAAGAAGAAGGAAGAUUAAAGCGAGAAAAUGUCGGGCCAGACUAUCACGGACCGGAUUGCUGCGGCUCAGUACAGUGUGACCGGCUCGGCCGUGGCCAGGGCUGUCUGCAAGGCGACCACCCAUGAGGUGAUGGGACCCAAGAAGAAACACCUGGACUAUCUUAUACAAGCUACAAAUGAGACCAAUGUUAACAUACCUCAGAUGGCUGACACACUUUUUGAGAGAGCAACAAACAGCAGCUGGGUAGUGGUGUUUAAGGCAUUGGUUACUACACAUCAUUUGAUGGUCCAUGGCAAUGAGAGAUUUAUUCAAUAUCUGGCAUCUAGAAAUACUUUGUUCAACCUCAGCAAUUUUUUGGAUAAAAGCGGGACACAUGGUUAUGAUAUGUCUACAUUUAUUAGACGAUACAGCAGAUAUUUAAAUGAAAAGGCAUAUUCCUAUAGACAGAUGGCAUUUGACUUUGCAAGAGUGAAAAAAGGGUCUGAUGGUGCAAUGAGAACUAUGGCUCCAGAAAAAUUGUUGAAAGGCAUGCCAAUACUGCAAGGGCAGCUGGAUGCACUACUGGAGUUUGAUGUCAGCCCUGGUGAAUUGUCAAAUGGAGUAAUAAAUGCAGCUUUCUUGCUACUUUUCAAAGAUCUAAUCAAAUUAUUUGCGUGUUACAAUGACGGAAUCAUUAAUUUGUUAGAAAAAUAUUUUGAAAUGAAGAAGGGACAAUGUAAAGAAGCACUAGAAAUUUAUAAAAAAUUUCUCACUAGAAUGACGAGAGUUUCAGAAUUUCUUAAAGUCGCUGAACAAGUAGGGAUUGACAAAGGUGACAUUCCUGAUCUGUCUCAAGCAAUACACCGGAGAAUUCUUGCUGACCUUAAAAAUUCUGACACUGAAAAUUCACCUUUUAAAGACUGUACCAUUGAUAAUCCGGCUCCUAGCAGUCUUCUGGAAGCCCUUGAACAACAUUUGACUACACUGGAAGGCAAGAAAAAUGCAGCUGGUAGUAGGACUACUGGAGCACCAACGCAGGGGAAUAUGGGCUCUCCAGAAAACACAGGAUCAUCUCCCACUUCUAGUCCAGCAAAGGUGGCCGAUACAUCUGCAGUAGUCGAUCUCUUUUCGCCCCCACCCUCUGUAGUUCCAACAAAUGCAUCUAAAUUGUCCAGUGAUCUUCUUGAUCUACAACCAGAUUUUACAUCUACAGUGCAAUCAACAGUGGCUGCUAAUCCACCAGCCAGUGCUUGGGGAGAUUCUUUGACUUCUCCUGCCCUUCCUAAUGCCUCUGAGGCACCACCUUCUGAUCCAUUUGUAGCAGAGGCUUCCCUGACCACUCCUCCUACAACUGCUGAUACUGCUACACCUGCUGCUGCUACUACAGCAACAACCACUGAUCUGGAUCUUUUUGGAGAUGCAUUUGCAGCUUCGCCUACUGAAGAAUCAACAGCAUCUGAAGGGGCAGGAGCAACAGCAGCCCCUGCAACAGCAGCGCUUGAUGCAUGUGCUGGAACUGACCCUUUUGCACCAUCUGAAGGUAGUGCAGAGGCUGCUGCUGAACUGGACCUUUUUGCUAUGAAGCCUGCUGAGGCCAGCGUUCCUGCAACUACCCCCACUACCAGUGCAACUGCCAGUACAACUACCAGUGCCAUUACCAGCACAACAACUAGCGUGACAACGACUGAGACUGUUACUGUUACUGCUACUGCGACUGCUACUACUACUAUUACUGCGACUGCUACUACUCCUGCUACUGCUCCUACCACUACAACUGCUGAUACUACUGUCACCACCACUGCACCUGUUCUUGAUAUUUUUGGUGAUUUAUUUGAUUCUGUUCCUGAACCAAAUGCAUCCACAACUCCCAAACCAGAAGCAGGUCCUAGUGUAGACCUGUUUGCCUCAGAUGCUUUUUCAACCCCUUCUCGUGGGGCUUCCCCUUUGCCUGAAAGUAGUCUUACUGCUGAUCUGUUAUCCGUUGAUGCAUUUGUAGCACCACCACCUACAAUCAAUGCCUCUCCUGCUAAAUCAGAAUCUUCGGCAGUAAUUGAUCUGUUUGGUGAUGCUUUUGGUACUUCUGCUCCUGAGUCUCAGCCUGCCACUCAGGCUGUUUCCAGUUCAUCUGCUUCAUCGGACUUACUAGCUGGCUUUGGAAAUGCAUUUAUGACACCAACAGCUACACCAAUGCCUGUGGUCCAGAAUAACGUUUUGCAGCCUGACUUUGAAGCAGCUUUUGGUUUGACAGCCACAAGUAACACUUUUGAUUCAUCAGUUUUUGAUGGAUUAGGUGAUCUCCUUAUGCCCACCAUGGCAUCACAGAAUCAAGCGAUACUUUCAGGACUGCCAACAGCAGGUGGAACACAGCCAAUGAAAGGCCUAGGGAGUGACCUCGAUUCCUCACUUGCAAACCUUGUCGGAAACCUGGGUAUUUCUCCUGCUCCAGGAAAGAAGAGUGACCUUCAAUGGAAUGCCUCCGAAAGGAAGUUGACAGGAGGAGCAAACUGGCAGCCUAAGGUUGCUCCAACUACAGCUUGGCCAGCAGGUUGUCCACCCAGCAAUCAAAUGAAUGGUUGGCCAAUCCCAGGUUAUGGAGCUGUUCCACCUGUAGGGCCUCCGCCUACUGCUCAACCAGUUCCUGGAUUUGGGAUACCAUCUGCAAGUGCAGGUAUACCCAUGAUGCCUCAGCAACCAAUGAUGUACCCUCAGCCCGUGAUGAGACCAGCAUUUGGAGCUGGAGCAGUUCCUGGAGCACCGCUACAGUUCUUGCGAUGAUGGGAACGCUGAAGGUGACAACAGUUGAUAUUCAAUACCCCAAGCAAUCUACCAGUCAUAUUUCAAUGCUUAUUCAGACUUCCAUAUUGUAAAAGGUGUAGCACAACUGUGAAAGUAAUCCUUAGAAAUGUGUACUUUUUGAUGUUAUGCCCUAAUUUAUCAGAAGUUGUGCAUUUUGGAUUGUGUUUUGCAACUUGAAAGAUGGGUGUAUGUUACUGAUGCCUUUUAGUGCUUCUCUGUACCUAACUUAAUAGUUUAGGUUGCAGAUUUGCAGCUGUUGUGUGAUGAGCCACUUGGAGUAAUGUGUUUGUAUUCUUGAAAGUGCAAAUGUAUAUAAUUUCAUUGCAGAGCCUAGGAUGUCAUGUCUGUUCUGUAUACCUAUUAGCUUACAGUCAUGAUUCUGAUAGCAAUUUGCAUAUAAAUUAAUGUGCUGACACCCUUCAAAUCUUCCAAGUCUGAAGUUUUGUCUGAAACCAUUCACAACUGCAAAAAUUGGGUUAAACAUGCUAUCAAACUGUUUUUAAGGAAACAUUUGUGCAUUACAUUCAGAAUUAUUUAUAAUUCCUUAAAGUAAUAUAAAAUUUGAUGUUAAACUUCCAUAGUAUGCACUGAUCUUGGCAUAAAGGUAUUACUUGACAAAGAUGUAUGCUGUUUGCCAAGACAGAAAAUGUUAUCUAAAUAGAUCUCAUAUUUAUAUCUGAGUAUGUUAAAUUGUUGUAUUUAAUUUCUUUGUUACAUUAUGUAUUCUUUGCUUAAUGGACCAGCAGUAAAAUAUUGGACAGUGUGAGAAUGCAUAUUUUGGAAAAGACAAUAAUGGAUUUAUGUUCUCAGAUGUGUCUUCAUUAUAAGGGAUCACAAACCAGUUCAAACGCACCUUUUUUGUCCAUUACCAACCUUCAUAUCAUUUUCCAUUCAGCAGCAUAUCAUAUUUUGUGUUUGUUUUUAGUUGGAAGUACUUUUAUCAUUAGCGUUGUCAGUAAGUUUUUAUACGCAAGUAGAUGGUCUCAAACCUUGCCCAGAAUCUCUCCUACAUCCCUCCACCCAUAAAGAAACGACAUGUACUGUGUGAUUCCCAGGGAAAUGUCAUAUUGUUUGCGCAAAAUGCUUGGCAAAAGGUGUAGGCACCAACAAAGGAGAUCACUGUUGAUCAGUGGGAUUAGUGUUCUCAGGCAUGGCAGCUGUUUUGUAAAAAUGCUAUGCAGUUUGAAAGUGUUUCAUUUCUGUCUCUUCAGAUCUAUCAGUAUAUCUAUAUAUUGUACCAUUCCAAGUAAGUGUAUCUGGAAUUAAUGUGGGAAAAAUACAUUAUAUUUAAAAUAUUACUCUUUUUAUUUAAAUUUGUUUGAUUUUUUUGUUUAUGAUCCAGUGCAUGUAUGCCCUUUGAGAUGCAAUAAAUGCAUUGAACAAAGUAAAUUUAAAAA